AUGCCUAUCCACCACCGCUGGAAUUUCAACAUUGACCGGUUCCUCAAUCCAUUCGUCCCGCCGCCGCCAUGGAAAUAUGUCCCCUACCCCGUGUCGUACUGGUUUGGAUACCGCAAGACGAAGCCCGCGGAUACGGGCAACUUGAUGCCCAUCUUCUGGGCCUUUCUGGGCGUCUUUGGUGCCAUUGCCAUGAUUGAGGCCGUCAGCAAACAUGUAGCCUCCUUUGCACCUCACCACGUGCCCAAUAUCGUGGGCAGUUUCGGUGCUGCCGCUGUGCUCGAGUUCUACGCCAUCGAGUCGCCUCUGGCCCAGCCGCGAAAUGCCAUCAUGGGCCAGGUCCUCGCCGCCGUCAUCGGAUGCGGCGUGGGCAAGCUCUUCCUCCUCAGCGACAAUUUUGAAGAAAUCAAAUGGCUUGGGGGUGCCCUUGCCUGUGCCUCAGCGACUGCGGUCAUGGCACUCACCAAGACUGUGCACCCCCCUGCCGGUGCGACGGCGCUGUUGGCCGUGGUUGAUUCUACUCUAAUCCAGGUCGGAUGGUUCUUGAUUCCCGUCAUGCUGCUGGGCUGCACUCUGAUGCUUGGCGCGGCGCUGCUCAUCAACAACCUUGAACGCCGAUUCCCCGUUUACUGGUGGACUCCCGAAGACCUGCGACAGCCCAACUCCCUCUUUCGCCGUCGACACUCUAAAAAGAAGGCUCCUGAAGCUGCCGCAGACGAGACAAAGCCGGAGGAAGGGAGCGAGAGAUAUGUUUCAGACCUCGAGGCCGCUACAGAUAAAGAAGCCGAGACGGAAGAUGCCAAACACGCGGCCGAUAUCAUUAUCAAGCCAGGACAUGUCAUUGUGCCCGAGCACGUCUAUCUGACGCAGGAAGAGCAGCAAUACCUGGAAACACUAUGCAAACGGCUCUAA